UAUACAUAGACGCCGCAUUGGCCGCUUCGGCCCCUUGCUGCGAUACGUCAACGUGGCCGCCAUAUUGGUCCAGGCAAGACUGGCCUGAAAACAAAUAGAAGUAAACGGGGGAGCCGCAGUUGUUAUGGAUAAAAAGCACUAUGACGUUUAUAUUUCUCACUCGAUUUCAACGAGUCGUUUUUAUAUUCAAGGGUUUAUGAUCGUGAAGUACAAAAUUGUAGUGCUUUUUAUCCAGAAAAACCGCAGCUCAUCCGUUUACAGGCCAGUCUUGCCUGGACCGAUAUGGCGGCGACGUUGACGUACGAUCCAAAGGCCAAUGCGGCGUGUCUAUGUGCGCAACUGUGUCGUCGUAGAGUUGCUUGAAUUACGACAGAGCCAUAGCCAUAUGACUCCGAGUUACGAGAAGAUCAGCAGUCCUCGUUCUGUUGUGCACAGCCUGUGUUUUUCGACAUGGAGCGGUGGAAAGGCAGAGUUGCCCUUGUUACAGGAGCUUCGGUUGGGAUUGGAGCGGCUAUAGCUCGUACUCUUGUUCAACACUGUAUGACGGUGGUCGGCUGCGCUAGGAAUGUGGAGAAAAUAGAGAAGCUGGCUGCAGAGUGUCGGAGCGCGGGCUACGCUGGCACCCUGAUCCCGUACAAGUGUGACCUGUCCAGCGAGGAGGAGAUCUUGUCCAUGUUCUCCGCCAUCAAGACGCUCCACCAGGGAGUGGACGUGUGCGUCAACAACGCGGGCCUGGCUUGCGCCGAGCCCCUGCUGAGCGGCCAGGCCGACGGCUGGAGGACCAUGAUCAACGUGAAUGUUCUAGCAUUGUCCAUCUGCACACGCGAGGCCUACCAGUCAAUGAAGGAGAGAAGUGUGGAUGAUGGCCAUAUUAUUAACAUUAACAGUAUGAGUGGACACAGGGUGGUGCCCAAUGCAGAUGUGCACUUCUACAGUGCCACCAAGUAUGCUGUGACUGCGCUCACAGAAGGGCUGAGACAGGAGCUGAGGGAAGCUAAGAGUCACAUUCGAGCCUCGUGUAUAUCUCCUGGCUUAGUGGAAACUGAGUUUGCUUUUCGACUUCACAACAGCAACCCAGAGAAAGCCGCUGCCACUUAUGAACAAAUCAAGUGCUUGGAAGCGAACGACGUAGCCAGCGCAGUGGCAUACAUCCUCAGUGUACCUCCACAUGUGCAGAUUGGAGAUGUUCUGAUGAGGCCUGUGGAACAGGUGUCCUAGCAGUCUGCAGUCUCAGCUGGAGCUACCGUAGAUCAAGCUGGCAGCUACGCUGUCUCUACAGUGACCCCUGCUGGGCACAAAUAAGAUUAAACUGGAUGUGAGAAUUCGGGGAGAAUGGAAGAGCAAAACCCUGGCUCUGGGGAUGGCUGCUCUGGGGGGCAUUUCACAAAGCAGGAUUAGUAACUUGGCUGGGGGGGCUAUUUCAGGAAGCAGGGCUACUGAGUUAAGCCGCGUUUCCACCGCAGGAACUAUACCCCGGAACUAGGAACCUUUUGAGGAACU